AUGUUGUCCUCCAAUGCAUCUCUUGGUCCCCCAGCUUUCUUCCUGACGGGCUUCCCUGGGCUGGAAAAAUUCCACGUCUGGAUUUCCAUCCCCGUCUGCUCCAUGUACCUGGUGUCCAUCGCUGGGAACUGCACCAUCCUCUUCAUGAUCUGGACAGACCCGACCCUCCAUGAGCCCAUGUACUAUUUCCUCUCCAUGCUGGCCCUCUCAGACCUGGGCUUGUCUUCUGCCACGUUGCCCACUGUGCUGAGUGUCCUCUGGUUCAACCGCCGCCCGAUCCCCUUUGACGCCUGCCUGGUCCAGAUGUACUUCAUCCACACCUUCUCCAUCGUUGAGUCAGGCAUUCUGCUCUCCAUGGCCUUUGAUCGCCUGGUGGCCAUCCGGAACCCACUGAGAUAUACCAUGAUCCUGACCAACGACGCCAUCAUCAAGAUUGGGGUGGGGGUUCUCCUCCGGGCUGCCUUCCUUGUCUUCCCCACUUCCUUCCUCCUGAAGAGGAUGCAGUACGGAAGAACAAACGUGCUCUCCAAUCCAUUCUGUUUGCACCAGGAUAUUCUGAAGGUGGUGCGCUCUGACAGGAGAUUGAGUAGCAUCUAUGGCUUGAUGGUGGUGCUCUCCUCCAUGGCUGUCGACUCUGUGUUGCUCAUGGCGUCAUACAUCAUGAUCCUCAAAAUGGUGCUGAGCAUUGCCUCCAAGGUGGAGCGACUGCGGACCCUGAACACUUGCGUCUCCCACAUCUGUGCCGUGGUCACCUUUUACACACCCAUGAUUGGCCUCUCUAUGAUCCGCCGGUAUGGGGAAAGUGCGCCACCAGUGGUCCACAUCCUCAUGGCCAACGUCUACCUUUUGGUGCCACCCCUGAUGAACCCUAUUGUGUACAGCGUGAAGACUAAACAAAUUAGAACACGGAUCGUUAAAACGUUCUGGAAGGACAAAGGGUCAAGGGAAGCCUCUUAG